UUAGUAUUACAUUUCUUUAUGGCAUAAUGUUCAAGUAAAAUGUGUUGUUUGGAUAAGGACUACGGCAUAUUCCCCAAAAUGUGGUUAUUAGCAACGUUAUUUCACAACGUUGAUAAAAAUGACGUCAAAAGUUUUUUCACAACGUGCCGUACACAGGUGACGUCACAAUUGAUAGUUACCAAGCAACGAAUUAACCUGGAUUAUUCGCUAGCAUUGCGAGCAUUGCCUAUAAGCAGAAGAUGGGUUGUUUUAGAAAAAUCUUACCAAAUUGUCUGAUUCAGUGUCUGGCUCGGCAGAUAGAGCCCGCAUUCGCCGACGCAGCUAUUAAAGACACGCUGUUUUUCAAGGUACCCGAGGCUGAACUUCAGAAAUUUCUGGAUUACGGUCCCGAGCACACGUACUUGGAUGCCAGAGAGUACAUAUUUAUGUUCGCAUAUGAAACCGAGUAUUUUUUGGCUCAGCCUGAUGCUAAUUUUGAACUGAAGACCUAUUACUUUGGCGACAUCGCUCUGAAAGGCUGGGCUCCCUGCACCAAAAAACCAUGGUGGCUGUCGAAAAGCGGGAAUAAGAAAACCCAGCAAGGUACUGAUGCCACCCAGCCAACUGCCGCCCAAGCCGACCUAUUGUCUUCUCUCACAGCUGCCCGCAGCCUGACGGAUGAUGAGGACACUUUGAAUAAAAUCGCCGCCAAUGGCCGCCGCGUUAACAAGGCAUUCACCUCUCCAGGUCUCGUCGAGAUAUCCAUCUGAAGUGAAACUUGAGACAUCAAACAGACUCUUACCCCUGUCCGGCCAUGUCCGCAACCCAACGUUCCAACGUUUUCGUUUCUAUUUAUUUUCAAUUGACAAAAUUUAGAUUUAAGCAAAAGAAGUUUUCGGAAAUCGUAGGUAUAUAGUGCAAAAUAUAUGACAUGUUACACAUGUGCAUGUACUACAAUGAUCCUACCGUCGUUGCAUUAAGAAGGGCGUGAGAGUCUGAUAAAUAAAUAAUUGCUUUAGCGGAAGAUUGGAUACCAGAUCUCCAUUCAUCUGCUCGGUGUCGCCGUCCGAUCAAGCCGCGGGUCAAAUGGAGUGCAUACGACAUAUGAGAUCGCACAGCGGGCAAAAGGACCGGCGCUAUGAAACCGUUGUGGUUAAAAGUGACACAGAUAUCGGAAUCCACAAUCUUCACGAGUCUACUGAAAUGUAUUUUAUUCAUAUUUGCUUCCUACCCAACCGGUUAAAAGUGACCCAGAGACAUUUUUGAAGGACAUCGGAUGCCACAAUAUUAACCGGGCGGUUCCACUGAAAUGUACUAUAUUCAGAUUGGUGCUCCAAACCAGCCGGCUAACGAGUGCAAGCAUUUUAGAAUGCGCGGUGCACAUUUGGCCGCUUCUUAAUGCUACAACAACAGACAACUCAUUUAAGAACACUGGUGUCCGUAAUUGCCAUGUAAUUGUUACUUCUACUUAUUCUGAUUUUCCGAACCAAAAAACGCGCAGUGUAUAUAUGCACGGCGUAUAAUUCAUUUACUCUUCAAAAUCGUGAUACAUUGUAUGUGUCUUAAAGUACGCGAUGCGGUUUGACUCAAAAUCGUGAUACAUUGUAUGUGUCUUAAAGUACGCGAUGCGGUUUGACUCAAAAUCGUGAUACAUUGUAUGUGUCUUAAAGUACGCGAUGCGGUUUGACUCAAAAUCGUGAUACCUUGUAUGUGUCUUAAAGUACGCGAUGCGGUUUGACUCAAAAUCGUGAUACAUUGUAUGUGUCUUAAAGUACGCGAUGCGGUUUGACUCAAAAUCGUGAUACAUUGUAUGUGUCUUAAAGUACGCGAUGCGGUUUGACUGAGGACUUGGCCAUGUGUGAGAAAGUAAGCUGUGUCUUGAGCAUUAAGCGACAUCAUCACGGUUCACGGUGCGAUAAUUAAAACAACAACAAAUAAUGUAGUUUAACCAUGUAAAAAUAAUUUGGUGAGACAAUUGAACAACAUUGUUAGUUAUUUUAACCGUUUAUUGUUUCAUUAUUGAGUUUAAGUAUAAACAAAAAAUCAA